AAUAUGUAAAGCUAUAAACUUCACGUUGUUUCUGAAAAUCUGAAGGAUAGACAUCCCUAUAUUGAACCGGAUUUCAAAGAUAGAUAUGAUCCUUCUGAAGUAAUACUCGUACUCAAGAAUAGGUUUAUCAUGCAGUGUUUGACCGUUCCAUUCCAAAAUUGAUUGAAAUAUUGCUCAUGGAAAACAUUGAAGCCUUUAAAUACAGAGAUGCCCUGAUUACAUUGAAUGAAAUGGUAGAUCAUUAAGAGAUGAAGGAUCAAAUGAUAUCGCAAGGUAAUCCUCCUCUUUAGACUUAGGUCUGGUGGGAAUUGCUAGUGCUUAUCUGCAUCAUAAAGACAUUUAGAUUAGAAAACAAGCAGUUAUAUUAUUGGGAUGCUUAGUGAGUAUAAUGAGAGGAAGAGAAUAAUUAGGUGAUUUGAGUUUUGAUGGAUUAUCAAAAUUAUUAUUUGAUGAUGCUAGAGAACAAUGUGGGUGGGCAUUAUGUAGAAUAAUUACUGGUAGAGAUGGAGUGGAUAUCUUAUGCAAAUCUAAUCUCACUAAAAAGAUGAUCUAAUCCUUUAUGUAAUCUAAGGAAUAUCCUAAAUUUACUGUCUAUCUAUUGGAAGCAUUUGCAAAAAUAGUAGAAUUCGAUAAUGGCAUUUUCUUCUUUUUAAAUUGUGGAACAAUUAAGAGAUUCAUUGAAAUUCUAUCUUAAGAGAAUUACUAUGAUUAAAGUUAUACUUAAAGAAUAACGUAUUUGUCUUUGGAGGUUUUAUCUAAAAUAUGUGCUAACCAUGAAGGCAAAGAAGAAGCAAUUAGAGAAAAUGCUAUUAAUGUUGCGAAUAGAUAUUUGGAUAGUCCCCUACAAGAGGAAGCCUAUUUUGCCACUAUUUUGAUCAUGAAUUGUACUAUAAACCUUGAAGGUAAGAAGCAAUGUGUGCAUGUUGAGAAUGACGAAAUUAUUUAAGUAUUUUUAAUUUAAAUUCGAAUUAGAAAUUGAUCUCUCUUUUAAAUAAAGAUUUUAGCAAGGAUGUUAAGCAAGCAUUGUUAAAUAUUGCAGAUUAUCCUGAUGGAUUUAUUAUCAUAACAAAAUUGUUAUCAAACAGCUAUGAGACUUUGGAUGAUUUACUUGGACCUAGGGUUGUGAUUGCUUUGGCUAAACUAAUCCCAAGAGGUUUGGAAAACUAUGAUGAUUAUAAGCAAUAUGGAAGGACUCUUUGCAAAUUCUUGAGGGACUACAAUGAAGCCAUCUUUAUAGCCUUGGAAGUAUGAGUUAAUAAGAGUUUUAAAUAGGAAACAGUUAAAAUAGUAGAAAUUCUGAUGGAAUUCUUCUAUUAUACUGACUUGGUGAGAGACGUGACAGACUCUCUAUUGAAAUUGAUUGAAGCAGAUGUAGACUCAAGAGAAUAUGCACUCAAUUAUUUGGAAACUCAUAAUGCAAACAGCAAGGAGAUAUAAAAUAUAUCGAAAAAAAUACUUGAAUUAUUCCCACAUUGA